CUCGAGGCCACCGCUUGCGACAGCCCAUUGCUGACCGACGCGCGCAAUCGGAGGCAUCAGAAGUCCAGCGCUGCCACAGCACAACCCGCUGCUGCGCCGCGAACGCGUCUCCAGUAGCGACAGCCACUCACUCCACCAUGCUCCUCGCAAGACGCCUUGGCCGCGCGCGGCACGCGACAACGAUCCGAGCCGUCUCGGCCAAGGACGCGAGCAUCGCGUACCAGAAGGAGAAGGCUGUGGAAUCCGACUCCUGCGCCAUCGUCGACAAAGGGACCGUCGGGCCCUAUCGGCUGAGAAGACCGCUCAAAAUACCACUAAGUCACAGAGGCAUGGAGGUCAUCCAGGACCCGUUGUAUAACAAGGGCACGGCCUUCGAGCCCGCGGAACGAGACCGAUUAGGGUUGCGAGGCUUACUGCCGCCCAAAGUGUCGAGCAUGGACGAGCAGUGCGCACGGAUCAUGUUGCGGUUGCGAUCCUUCGAGGACGACAUCCAGAAGCACAUGUACCUCUCCGAAUUGCAUGAUCGCAACGAGACGCUGUUUCAUAGAGUUGUGGUCAGACAUAUUGGGGAACUCGCGCCGCUCAUCUACACCCCGACAGUAGGCCAAGCCUGCCUCGAGUUCGGCCACAUGUUCAAGCGGCCGCGGGGCAUGUACUUUUCGGCCGAUGACAUAGGGCAGAUGAACGCCAUGGUCCAGAACUGGCCGAUGAAGGACGUCCGAGUAGUUGUCGUGACUGACGGGAGUAGGAUUCUCGGGCUGGGCGACUUGGGCGCGAACGGCAUGGGUAUACCGAUUGGCAAAUUAGCUCUGUACUGUGCGGCCGGUGGGAUCGCGCCGCAUCGGGUUUUGCCCGUAGUCGUCGACGUCGGUACUAAUAAUGUGGAAUUGCGGGAGGAUCCCCUGUACUUGGGUCUCAAGAGGCCGCGCUUGACGGGCGCGGCCUACUACGAAGUUGUUGAUGAGUUCGUCACGGCGGUGCUGCAUAGAUGGCCGAAAACGCUGAUACAAUUUGAGGACUUUGAGUCUUCAGUAGCGCAGCCUUUGUUGGAUAGAUAUAGGGACAAGAUCCUGUGCUUUAACGAUGACAUCCAAGGCACGGGAGCUACCGUACUCGCAGGAGUGUUAGCGUGCUUGCGACAAACAGGUAAGACUGCUCAAGAUUUGAAGGACCAGCGCAUCGUCAUGUGCGGCGCGGGUAGUGCCGGCGUCGGCGUGUCGACCGUCAUAAAAGAUGCUAUGAUAGCUGCCGGCCUAAGCGAGGAGGAGGCCCGAUCUCGGUUUUACGUGUUGGAGAAGGAGGGGUUAUUGGCGAAGCAAGGCAUGAGUCCUGCGGACUACGAUUCGUUGGCGCCGGAGCAGCAAAUACUGGCCGAGAGUUUUGACGUUCCUACUGCUAAAAGAGGCGAUUCCCUGCUAGACGUCAUCAAGUACGCCAAGCCGACCAUGCUCAUCGGCGCGUCGACGGUAGCUGGUUUGUUUACGGAAGAAGUCGUAAGGGCGUUUCACGAAGGCUGCGGCGGCAAGCCAAUAAUAAUGCCCCUGUCGAACCCCACCUCAAAAUGCGAAGUGUCUGCCAGCGACGCCUAUGCCUGGACGAAUGGCGAGUGCGUCUUUGCCAGUGGGAGUCCGUUCGACCCUGUGGAAUAUGAGGGCACAAAGUACUACCCCUCCCAGUGCAACAACAUGUUCGUGUUUCCGGGGUUGGGACUCGGUGCGUCCGUCGCCGAAGCUCGGGUCGUCACGGACGCCAUGCUUCGGGCCGCGUCCGAGGCUUGCGCGAAUUCUGUGAACGUCGAGGAGAUGGCGCGCGGCCAGGUCUUUCCUUCCGUGGAUCGUAUUAGAGACGUGUCGUUGGAUGUCGCCGUCGCGACGGUGGAAAGCGCGUUGCGGGACGGGCUGGCCACGCGCGAGGAGCUGCUGCGGCCGGGCGUCGACGUGAGGGCCUUCGUCGAGGCGAAGUCGUACUUCCCGGCCUACGUGCCGGUGGUGACGGACCCAGGCUUCUUCGACAACUAACGUGUAUCUACC